GGUUAGGUGAUCAUAUAAACAAUCAUCUCUACACAAUGAAUCAUAUGCAUCCUGAGUUGUACCGAGCUGUCUGCGAUAAUAACCUUGUUGCCUUCAAGGAGCACGACUGGAUUACAGUCCGUGAUCAACUGACACCUGCAAAUAACACGGUGCUUCACCUUGCAUGCCAAACAGGGAGCCUAGCAUGUCUGAACGAGAUUCUGAGCAGAGCCGAUGAAUCACUAGUCUUGCAGGUCAACUCAAGAGGCGAUACUGCUCUUCACCUAGCCGCAAGAAAUGGACACUAUGAUGCGGUUACAGCACUCAUUAGUACCGUCAAGUCCUGGGUUCAAAACACAUCACCUACCCUCCUUCAAAAUCUGAUUAGAGCAGCUAAUCACUUGGAACUGGAGACGGCCUUGCACGCGGCAGUUCGAUACAAUCACAAGGAUGUGGUUGAACUGUUGGUAAAAGAAGAUCCGAGUUACUCGUAUCCUCAGAAUAAGCAUAAUGAAACUCCACUCUACUUGGCGGCGUUUAGGUGUUUAACGGAUGUGAUCAAAGUAAUUCUUAAUAAUUGUGAAUCGCUAACCUACGAAGGGCCAGAUGGAAGAACGGCUUUACAUGCUAGCUUGAUGAAUGCUGAGGGAUAUGAAUGCUCGAUACUUUUAGGGGAAAAGAACAAAGAUCUUAUAAAGUCGGCGGACAAUAACGGAUGGACGGCAUUGCAUUACGGGGCAAACAACAAUAAUUUUGUAUCCGUUAUAUACUUAUUGAAGGCAGAUCAAUCUGUGGCGUAUUUAACGGAUAAACAUAAGAGAACAGCUCUUCACAUAGCAGCAUACAAAGGAAGUGUAAGUGUGAUAAAUGCACUUGUAUUUACAGUGCCGGAUAUUUUGGAGACUGUAGACGAGAAUGGUCAGAAUUUUUUGCAUAUUGCCGUGAAGCAACGCCAGAAGUCCGUGCUUAAAUUCUUCUUCUCAAGUGAAGAAGUUAGUCGUUUGAGGAUUGAUUUUCUUAAUCAAAAAGAUAAAGAAGGGAACACCCCUCUUCACCUAAUUGCAAAAUUUGAAUGUUAUGUUCCGGAGCUUGAUGGUAGACACGACUGGAUUUGGAAAGCUGACUGGGAUGCAGUCGAUAACACGAAUUGGACUCCCGCAGAUGUGCUGCAAGGAAAAAAAAAUGGAACCCUGAUCGAUGAGGAGGCACUUAUUGGAGCAACACUUGAUAAAACCUACAACAGAUACCUUUUGACAGAGUGGAUUAAAGAUAAAGCAAUGGGAGGUGAAGAUGAAAGUGGUGACGUGGGAAGUGAAAAAUUCAACAAAGAAAUGGUGAACACCCAUAUGAUAGUGGCUGCCCUCAUAACAACAAUUGCCUUGACAGCAGGGUUUGCCAUGCCAGGUGGUUUCGACGGCAAUCAAGGUCCAAACCAAGGGUCUCCCCUGCUUAUACACAAGACGGCCUUUAAGACAUUUAUGGUAACAGAUGCAAUGGCUCUCCUAUUUUCACUUUCUUCGCUGUUUCUCUACUUCUUGACAUCACUGUACCAGAGGAUAUCAGUGGUAGAAUCCUUGCUUAUCGUCGCUAUAGCGUUCAAUAUUGUUUCGGUUGCAGCCAUGAUGCUAGCCUUCAUUGCAGGGACUUCUGCUGUAUUAUCUCACUCGUCGGGUCUCACCCUUACUGUUUGUAUCAUCUCUUCUUUAUUUCUUCUCCUGUUCUGUUCCGUAUGCUUUGUAUAUUUCAGGAAACUCGUAUAUGUGCUAAAGAUAGGUUUAAGAGCUUUGUAAUUAGUAGUGUUUGAUUCCAAGCUUUGUGAUGUAUUUGAUUUUUAUUUAUUGUGCACUGUUAAUUUAGCACACUGUUUCAUUUUA